CAAUUUUAAAUUAGUCCACUUAAGUUAAUGUUCGAGUAAACAUCUCUGCAGAGUGAUAGAAAACAAAAGAAUACAAAAAAAAAAGAAACAUAAAAAACAACAACAACAACUGAAUCGCAUUUCAAUGACACCAUUCACAAUGGAUAGUGGUCAUAAAUUUGUACUUCUUUUGCUGGCCCUUACGGUGGCCAGUGUUGCCAGCAUACCGGUACAACAAAAUUACUCCUCAACCUUGCUGCGCUUGGCCAAGGGCUCCGAAAUGAAAGCCUACUUGAAUGAGGAUAAACCGCCAUGCCAAAAUUUCUACAAAUUUGCCUGUGGCAAUUGGGCUCGUCUCAAUCCAGCUCCUGCUCGUGGCAAAAGUUCCCAUCUGGGACAACUCACAGAAUUGUACAACCUUAAGAGUGCUGAAAUGUUAUCGUUGGAAAGUAAAAGUGACUCUGGCAUUGAUCACAAACUCAAAGAUUUCUAUGAUUCCUGUCUGAAGACGGGGAAACUGGACAAAAAUGCAUUGGACACCAUUAUACGAGUGGUGAAUUUCACCGGAGGCUGGCCUGUCAUUCACGAUGUCAAUUGGUAUGACUCCCAUUACGAUUGGUUGCAAGUGGUGGCCGAAAUGCGGCGCAAGUUGGGUGUGGAUAUUUUGAUAGGCCUGAAAAUUGUUCCCGACUUCAUGGAAAAGGAUAUGAAUCGCAUUAUGGUGGGUGCCCCCAAAAUGUAUUUGGAUCGUGAUGCCUAUCUGCAGGAGGAUAAGGAAAGUCUGCGACUUGCCUAUACAAGCUCCAUUGAAAAUCAGCUGCAUCGCUAUUUCCCCGAAAUGUCCGAUGAAUGGGUAUCCGAGGUGGCCGGUCAAGUUUUGACAGUGGAGAAGCGCAUGGCCGAGGGAUUGCCCAGCAACAAGGCCUUGACCAUGGAACAAUUGACCCGACUGCGCUAUACAGCCGAUUUGAAGACUAACUAUGGCAGCUAUGUGGACAUAGGUCGUUAUUUGCAUGUCAUCUUCAGCCAGACCAUCUAUGCCCAGGUGUAUGAAUCUCCCGAGGAUUAUUUCUCCAGCCUUAUGGAUGUCAUCAGGUCCACGCCCAAACUCACCAUAGCCAAUUACACCAUGUGGAAGGUAUUGGAGUUUUUCGAUUUACCACGAGCCCAAUUAUCCAAGACAAAAGAGCAUUGUGUGGGCAAGGUCAUGGAGUACUUCCCCGAGGCCUUGGAGAGCAUGUUCUCCCGCAACUAUCAGACCAUGCAAAUGAUCAAUGAACUGCAAUCGGUUUGGUCGGAUGUUAAAAAGACUUUCCGUGCGGAAUUGCAAUCUUCGCAGCGCCUUACCUGGAUAAGCACCGAGACCAAGCAGAAAGCCAUAGAAAAGUUAGAGGCCAUGGAAUUGGAAAUCAACUCCUCGGAUAGCCCAUCCAGCAAUUCCAUGCAAAAAUUGUUUGUUAAUCGCAAUAAUUACUAUCAAAAUAUCAUCACAAUAUGGCAAUGGAAGACACAAUUAAAUUUGGAACAACUCUAUGAGAAGCCUAUGGAACCGGUGUCCCAGUUCACAGUGCCCCAUUAUGUCUAUGAAAAGAAUAGAAUUGAGGUUCCUGUUAUCUUUUUGCAAUCCCGUUUCCUUUGGGACCCUGCCUAUCCCCAUUCUCUGCUCUACAGUACCCUGGGCUAUAUACUGGCCCAACAAAUGCUUAAAGGCUUCGAUUCGCAAGGUCGCAAAUAUGACAAACAUGGCUAUCAAAAGUCCUGGUGGGACACCAUCUCCGAAAAGGAUUUCGAUAAUAGGGCCAUGAAUUUUGUGGAUCAAUAUAAGGAAUAUAAAUUCCCCAAUUGGGUGCAAACCGAGGAUAAGAAUCUCAUCAACACCUAUGUCUCGGACAAUGGGGCCCUCAUUAUAGCCUGGAAGGCCUAUCAGCAAUGGUGGAAAAAUGUGGCCCAUGCCGAUUUGGUGGAACAGGAAAAGUUGCCGCUACUGGACAAAUACAAUCAUCAGCAAUUAUUCUUCAUAGGCUUUGCCCAGCUGUGGUGUGCGGAUUAUGCCGAGGAUAUACCAGAGUUCAAUGAUUUACCCGAACGUUGGCGUGUCAUAGGGGCCUUGGCCAAUUUGAAUGAUUUUGCACGAGAAUAUCAAUGUGAGUUGGGUAAUAAAAUGAAUCCUGCACAAAAGCGUUUCUUGUAUUGAAAGCAAAGUUGGCAUUGUUUUUUAUUUUUUCACAUUUAGUUGUCUUUAUGUUUUUCUGUUUUCAUUUAAGAAAUUUGAAUAAUAAACGAAAAAUUAUUUUCAAA